AUGUGCGAAGGAGAAGUGUUGUUGCUGACCAACAUCAGCUAUCACACACUUAGUGUGUUGAGUUAUCUGCACAGAGUGGACAUAGUGACAUACUUAUCACUGGCAAAUGAAGAAAACAUAUGCACCAUUAGCUUACAGCCAUUGUCAACAACUUGGAUGGACCAUAUACAGGACACUGGUAGCCAUUUUGUUGUCAUAACCAGAACCCCAGAUGUCCAGACUGCCAUAAUUCACUGCUCAAAUUCCAUGUCUGCUCAUCUGAUAGAGGAGAGGCUUUGGAAAUGUCUGCAUAGUAUAGCAAAUUUGCAGACAGACACAAAAAUAUUACCAGGCCAAGGGAAAACUGAGAUUUGGUGUGCAAAAAGAAUUACUUACAAAUCUGAAUGUAUGUUUGAUAAUCAGCCCAUGGUGCAGUCUGUGAUUCUGGAGGCAGUAGCAGAUAUUUUUCAGGAUUAUUAUCGAACAGUUAUACACAAUACCAAGUUUUCUACAGAAGAACACAUACAAAAAGGAAAUGACCCAGAAAUAAAUUCUGUAUUAACAACACAGUGUAGAAAUGCUGUAGAUUAUCCUGAACAGAACUGCUGUUCAAAAAUAUAUCAUCUUCCCUGUGAAAUCACAGCAUGUGUUGAUUCACAGACAAGCAAUGACAGUUUUAAAAAUGUCACUGGGAAUCAAAUGAAACAAAGUGUCAGUAAAGAACUAGAUAUGUUUAAAGCACCAGACCUAUCUUUUAAGUUAAAUGCUUCAUCUACAGGCACUGUCACUAAUAAUUCUGAAAAUAUGAAUUCUUCUUAUCCGUCAUCUGAAAAUAAAAUGUAUGACAAUUUCAAAUCUAAAAUUUCUGCAUGGAAAACAGCUGUCGAAUGUGUUUCUGUUAUGCAGAGCCUAGGCUCUUUAGUUAUUUCAGGGAUUGAUACUAUGGACAUAAAUGAAGGCAUGUCUUUACUUUGA